CCCUUGGUUGGGAGGCGGGAGGAGGGACGCGCACCGGAGGGAAGGGGAUCGACCUCCUGGACACGAAUUUGGUGCUCGCUCACGGCGCGGGUGGCGUUCUACGAUGGAUAUCCAGAAGGACACGUGGUCGCGACCUGAGGGCCUUCUAAGAACACGGCGGUGACACGUGGACACACGCCGGCCUUCGUCGCCUGGGCGUUUCUGAUGAUGAUGAUGACGGUGAUGAGUUGUGUUUGUUUGCUAUCUUUACCAAUGUCAAUGCACUUUCAAAAUAAUCCAUCGCUUUCACCAUCUUCAAUCACCUUUUGCGGCGAGGAAACUAUUUACCCGCGUGUGUGUGUGUUUUCGCGUGUGCAUGUGUAAACAUUGCAACGAGAGAGAUAAAGGCGGCCGGGCGUGGUGCUGGUCACUAACCCCCUUGUGUGCCGUGCCGUCCUUCAUAGUUUCUCGCUAACAACACUUGCCCCAACGGUAUGUUAAGAUUAUAGGAGGGGAUCAUUGUAUUUGUAUCUCUGUGACUACAUUGCUCUGUGUUAUAUAUCAUGUAUAUGUAGUAUUGUAUAUAUGUGUGUGUAUGUAUGUGUUUGGGUGUGCAUACCGUAUAUGUUUUUUUCUCUGUGUCUCUAAGUCACGCUACUGAGUGCAGCCGAAGUUAUAUUUGAAGUCUGGCUGCACUCGCACGGACUCCACUGGUCUGAGCUGAUGACGGGACCCCUCGGGUACGGCCGGGAGGCUCCGCACCCCACAGUCGAAUCCACGAAAGAAGGAACCCCCCUCGGCACGGACCUCUCGGGGCUCCCGCGGGGGCCAAGUCGCCCCCUCCCCUCCCCCCCUACGCGGCCCCCUUUGGGGGGCGCGGACGGGGUCGGAGGGGCGGCUCUGGACUGCGCGGCUGGAGUCUGCGUCACGGUUGCCCCGUGCAAGGGGCGCGAUGGGGCGCCGAACGGCCCCACGUGCGCCUACUCCUGGCUCACCAGGUCCCGAGGCAAGCAGGGUCGCCGAGGGAGACCCCUCGCCCCCGCUCGCUCUCCGCCGCUGCUGCCGUUGUGGGGGGCACGAAGGGGCGGACGGCAGGACCCGCGGGGGCCCCCCACGACCCAGCCGCCGCCAACCCCCAGCGGCGACCCUCCAGGCGCAGGGAAGGAAGCGAGCGCCGGGGACGAGCGCGUGCGACCCGGAGCCGAGAGCGGCGGCCGCGAUGCUGGUGGCGACGUUGAGCCGCGAGCGCGCAGCGGCGAUCGGUCUGUGGAGUCUCACGAGACGGCUCCUUCGAUAUCAUCGUCGUCUUCAUCCUCCUCCUCCUCGUCGUCAUCACGUUCGCGGGGGCCGGUCAAGGACCCCCGCGAAGUCUGCGGCGACCCCUCGGGAAGAGUCCGAAGCUGUGGACGGACGCCAGCGGACAGCGAGGGGUCGGAGGUCGCCGUGGCCUCGAGCUCGGCACGGGGAAGGUUCGCGAGCUUGCACGGGGGCAGCCGUCCUCGCGCGUCGGGCUCUGACCCCGCCAUGACCUCGACGCGACCCCUGACGGCCGCGCGCUCGCAGCCCGCGCUGCCGCCACUGGACCCGCGCGGCAGCCGCACCGCCGCCGCUAGCGGUGGGGGGCGGAGAGCUUCCUCCUGGGGUCUCGUGGUGCUGCCGCCGCGCGUGGGGUGCGUCGUGACCAAGCUGCGGGGACCCGCAGCCCCCCGCGGUGACCCCCGAGAUCCCAGAGGUCGCCGAGAGCACGCGGCUGGGACGACGGCGAGCCGCGGCGGACGUCACCUCCUCCUCCGCUCCGAGGAGGUGGAGGAGGUGAAGGAGGAGCAGGACGAGCUGAAGGAGGUGAAGUCACCACCGCAGCUUGAUCUGGAGUCUUCGCCGUGCGAGACCGUGGAGGAACCCGGCAAGCAAGCAGCCCGUGGGCGCUUUUGGGGCAAAGGGGGUCUCCUCUCCUCGUUCCUGGGCAGCCUGAGACGAAGGAAGGGACCCCGGUCCUGCGAGGGGGACCUCGCGAUCCCGCAGAUCAGCAAGUCAGCUCCCGAUUGUCUCACCCCUUGCACAAGUGGGGAACAGCCUCAGAAAUCUGGCGUACCUCCACUAGCACAACCACAGUCAUCAUCAUCAUCAGCUGCAGCAUCAACAUCGUCAUCAUCAUCAUCGGCAUCAGCAGCAGCAGCGGCGGCGGCGACAUCAUCGCCAUCGUCGUUUCGCGGCGAACGGGAAACGAGGAUGGAGGCGCUCCUCGAGGAAACGUCGUCCGGGGACCAGGAGUUGGCGCACACGUGGCCGAGGAGGAGGAGGAAGAAGAAGAAGGCGAGGAAGAUGAGGGCCAUGACGGCGGAGGCGAACGAGGAGGUGGACUCGGAGGGACCAACGAGACAAGGAGGAGGUGAAGGAGGAGAAGAAGACCAAGGAGGAGAAGGACAGGGUGAAGGAGGAAGAGGCCACGUCAACACGAGCAGAUACCCGACGCCCCCCGACUCGCCCGUCCGACCCCCGGACCCUCCGUGGGAAGGGGACCCAGUCCCGGGGUCCGGCAGAGACUCGGGGUGUCUGACGCCGCUCCACGAGUCCUGGGACACGCUCUGGUCCGAACUCCACGACGACACGGGCGCCUCCACUGAGGGCGCCGUGGGUAGCGGCUGCUCGGCUGACGAGGGCCCCGAGCUGGCCGAGGAGGCCCAGGGUCGACUCGAGGGGUCUUUUGCUGAAACGUUCGUUCGAGAUGAUGGGGCGUCCUCUUCUGUCUGCGGCCUUGAGGGGGUUUUCUCUGCAACUCUUGUCUAUGAUGUCGAGGAAUCUCAUUCCGGAGCCCUUGGCAAUGACGGUGACCUCGAAGUGCCCAUCUGUGGAACUCCUCACUUUGACCUUAACAUUGAGCGACGAAUCUCUGAAACUCCUAACAACCGUGAACCAGUGGUGUCUCAUUGUGGAGAUCCUAGCCAGGAAUUUGACCACAUGGGGCCCAUGUUUGGCACUCCUGCUCAUGACCCUGAUUUUGAAGGAUCUCCCUCUGGAACAUCUGCUCAGGACCUACAUCGUGAGAGGUCUCUCCCUGUAAUCAAUGAAGAACCUCUCCCUGAAAACUCUUCCCCUAGAGCCCCUGCCCAUGACCUCGACCGUGAACCUCCUCUCUCCGUAACCACUGACUAUGACCUUGACAUUGAGGUGCCUACCACUGGACCUCCUGCCCAUGACCGUGACCUCGAAGGUCGAUCGUCUGAGAGUCACGGUGGGAGGGAGCCCCACGUUCCCCUCUCCAACCUCCACCAUCGCCCUGGAGCUCGCAGCUCUUCUCCACUCGUAGCGGGCGCUCGUGAAACUGCGGCGUCCGGAACGCCGGUGGCAAUGGCCAGGGAUGGUCCGCCCGUGCGGAUGAGGCCCAAGAAGCCUGGUGCCCUCCGUGGCCUCGCGGGCCCCAGGCUCUGCGGCCUGCAGCUGCUGAGGCGUCUGCAGGCCAAGGGACCUCGGGGCGAAACCCUGGAGCCCAAGUCCGCACGACGAGGAGGUCGCCUCGACGAGGAGGAGCAGGAGGAGCAGGAGGCGAACCCGGUUGUUCGCUCGAUGAGGGAGGGAGGAGUUGGUACUAAUGGUCGUCAUGGGGGUGAUGGUGAUGGCCUUGGUGGUAAUAUAAUUGAAAAUGGUGGUAACACUGUUACACAAGAUGGCGGUGGUGGUCACAAUGGUCAGGGUUGUUUUGGAAGAGUUGGUGGUAACUUUGAAAGUAACGGAUUUAGAGAUAACGGAGUUCAAGGUGGUAGUGGUGGCGUUGGGGGUUCUAAAGGAGGUCAUAAUGGUGGUGGUGACGUGGGAAGUGAUGUUUUUUGUGAGGUCGAUGGUCGUUUUGGAGGUGACGGAUCUAGAGAUGGAGGUGGAUGCGGUGGAGGUGAUCGUCUAGGCAAGGGCUCGAGAGGUGAGCCUGGCGGUGGUCAUGGAAGAGGGGAUGCUCUCGCAGGAGGUGGUGGACAUGGUCACAUUGGAGGCGAUGGGCCUAGCGGUGUGGCUGUCCUAGGUGGUGGUGUUCCAGGCAGUGGUGGUGCGAACAGUUAUGUACGAGCGGCGGGAGUAGGCGGAGGAGAUACGUGUCUCUUUCCAGGUAAUGGAUCCGUAGGUGUUCAUGGGGGAAAGCCGGCUCGGCUCGAGGGACGACGAGAGGAGGAUGAUGAUGAUGGUGAUGUUGUGAAGGAGGUAGGUGAGGUCUGGGACCCGUGCAGGGGAACAGAGAGGCGGGGAGGCUAUGAUGAUGAUGAGGAUGGUCACGAGACGUCCCACGAGUGGCAUCUGCGCAGAGGCUCCCGCAUCAGCCUGAUGCACGUGCAGCUGGAGGAGGCCUGGGACCGACUCGCGGCCUCCCUCGCUCGCGACCACAACAACAACAACAGCAUCACCGGCAACAACAACGACACCAACAGUAACAGCAGCAGCUACAAGCACGUUGUGAAUAAUAUCAUCGGCAGCAGCUGUUAUAGCCACGAUAGCAGCAAUAACCACACGAGAAUCGGGAGGAGCAGCAGUAAUCAUAACAGCAACAACGGCAACAGUCGAUAUCGCGUGAGCAGCAUCCGAGAUCAGUGGCAACCGCAACAGCAGCAGCAGCAACAGCAGAGGCGGGGAGAGUUGUUGUGACGGGUGUUUUAUUCUGCAUGUAACGAUUAAUCGAGAAUGUAUUCUCACGAAGCGUGCACGCAACAAUCGAUGAUUGGCAGUGUACGCUAAAUAUAUAUACGAAUGUUAUAGCUAUUCUUUAUUAUUAUUAUUAUGUUUUUACAGUCUUUUUUAUUGUGCCAUGCCAACGUCUCAUUUCGGUCAUUCGGAGCGCACGGAGGGAGAACGAACGAAACAACAACGCAAUCGAGACGACGCUGUUGCUGCUGUUGUUACUGCUGCUGCUGUUGCUGCUGUUGUUACUGCUGCUGCUGUUGCUGCUGCUGCUGUUGCUGCUGUUGCUGUUGUUACUGCUGUUGUUACUGCUGCUGCUGUUGCUGCUGUUGUUACUGCUGCUGCUGUUGCUGCUGUUGUUGCUGCUUUUGCUGCUGCUGUUGCUGCUGCUGUUGAUGCUGCUGUUGUUGCUGUUGCUGCUGCUGUUGUUGCUGCUGUUGCUGCUGUUGUUGCUGAUGUUGCUGAUGUUGCUGCUGCUGUUGCUGCUGCUGCUGUUGCUGCUGUUGUUGCUGCUGCUGCUGUUGUUGCUGCUGCUGUUGCUGCUGCUGCUGUUGUUGCUGCUGCUGUUGUUGCUGCUGCUGUUGUUGCUGCUGUUGUUGCUGCUGUUGUUGCUGCUGCUGUUGCUGCUGCUGCUGUUGCUGUUGUUGCUGCUGCUGUUGUUGCUGCUGGUGUUGCUGCUGCUGCACAGGCGCGCGAGUGUCAACAGACUCAACGGACACUGCUCGGUAGCCGUGGCGCUGGAGCGAAAGCAAUCGACGUUUCGGGGAAUGGCCCCCUUCUUCGUGAAAGAGGCCAAGACGUAUCCGUGAAGCCAUUGAAUCGCCACCCACAAGAGCGCUGGGGAUGGACAACCUGCGGCUCCGUGACACUUGUUGACGUGCGGCUACGUGACAGUUAUUGACUUGCGUUGCGGCCCUUGGAGUAUUUGCAGAAUUCUUUUUAACCGAAUUCGAAAAAAUAAAAUAAAUGGAUCUUGUUAUUUUGGUUUCCCGGACCCCCUGCAAUAGUAGAAUCAUCAAACUCCCUUCUUGGGAACUGCUUUCUGUGUUUAGUUUAUUAUCACUGCGCUCACGAAUUGGAGCAGUGACCCCCUCAACUGACAGCCACAAACACGCGUCUCGGUCACUUUGAAGUCGUUUCGCUCUUUCUUUUCACUCGUUACCAAAGUUUCGCCUUUUCUGCGCGGCAACCUGCAGGCACAGACGCACGCAGCUCGAGCCGUGCGAGUUUGUUGAAACUCGCUCCCUCGCGCGCACCUCCGAUUAGCACGGUUGGCUACGUACGGUGCGAAAGAAGUUCAACAUGCAUACAUAUCCAUCCACCCCCCUCCUUACAGGUAACGGGAUGGUGGUUGUGACGGGUUCGCUGCACACUGAACUUGCAAUGCAGAGGUCGCCCGCUCGAUUCGAUCGUGCCGCAGUUGACUUAGGGCGAAGUUUAUUAAAUCCACCUCUAUCCAUCCAGUGGGUCGGUAGGUAUGUGAAGUGGGUAACACCCCAGUCGGUCGAUAGUUGGGGUAAAUUGUGGCUACUUUCAUCUCUCCCAAGACUUGGGGAUAGGCCACUUGUGGACAGGACAAAUCCCCCUCUGGACGGGAUCUCUAGAGCGGUGGUUCUCAACCCGGGGGUACGCGGACCCCUGGGGGCUACGUGGCGAUGUCCCACAGGGCGUACGCGAGAUGAUUUAUAAUUACGUGAAAUUAUAUCGUCCGUGAGAGUAACUGCUGAACAAUCACGUAUGAAUCCGCCAAUUUAAAAUAACCACGAUAACAUUUAAAUCCACGUGGUAAACUAGAACGAUAUACUUUUUAUAUACUCAAUGCUCGUAAACGAUGUGAUUCCCACGCAUGCAAGAGCGUCCGUUGAAUAUUUUUUUUGUAUUCGCUUGCAAGUUACUAGCUUAGUUAGGAUACCUCACAAACGGGACAAUUGGUUAACAUAUUGACGCUCAUUAUUCAUACGUUUGUUUCUCAGAACCAUGUUGGGUCGGACAAGGGGGGGGGGUAACUCGAUUGAAACAACAUUCAAUAAGGAGGGGUACAGAAGCCAAACGAGGUUGCCACAUCUUCUUGGUUCUUUCGGUAAAUCACGUAGAAGGGAAAUAAUAAAAAUAACUUUUUUUUUUCCCUUUACCGAAGGAACCAAGAAGAUGAAUCCCUGCAGUCACGAAAGCUUUAAAUAGAAAAAGAGGUUGCCACAGUCUAGAUCAGGGGUGGCGAACGUCUGGCCCGCAGAACGUGUAAGGCCCGCGAAAUCAUUUGGUGUGGCCCUGCCAAGGCAACCGCAGGCGGGACUCGAAAUUCAAUAAAUCUAGGAGCUUUUUUCAUAGCAACAUCAUCAAUACCAGCUAACAUCACACGCCUCACCAAAGAGAAGCAGUUCCAGCCAUCACGUUAGGGGUGAGUUAAUUAAAUGUUUGACCAAAUAUAACAGGAUAAUUUUUAAGUUGAUAAUUUUGUAUGGCCCGAGAAUAAUGUUAUAAAUAUCCAAAUGGCCCUUGACAGAAAAAAGGUUCUCCACCCCUGGUCUAGAUCAACCUCGCGGAGGGCCCAACACUGCCAGUGGCGUGAGCAAGCAAUUGCAGGGCUGCACCUCUAUCUUUUGUCGUGUAAACUCGAGUGCUGGGUGAAGGCCCUCGGCGAAGAGAUUGAAGUGCCCACGCUUUACCCCACCGCACGCGCCACCUGCCCAUCUGUAACUGCUUCGUCGGCAGAGGCGGCUGGCGGGGAAGUGGGUCGACUCAGCCGUACAAACGGGCACCUGGUGCGGUGAGGAGUAAACAUCGCCACUGGGGGGAGACAAAGGCGGCCGGGGGUGGUGCUGGCCACUCCACACCCCCCUCGUGUGCCGUUGGCCGGCUGUUAUAGGCGCUGCUCGCUCACACCACUUGCUCCAACAGUCUGUCGAAGGCUAUACGGGGGUUCUUUGUCUUUGGUAGUAUAUAAUUUGAUAACACUAUGUAACACGAUUUUUUUUCCUGGGUCGUAAGUGUUAUUUUCUAAUUGCGUAUGUCUCAAACGUACAGAAAACGGUUAUUAUUC